CUGUCGUCGACAACAUUCGAGUGCGUUGCCGCCAGUCUGACCGAUGAAACGGUGAACUGAAGGAGGGAGAGAGAGAGAGAGAGAAGAAUGGGGAAGAAGGCGAAGAAGCCAGGAAAAGGCAAGGAGAAGACGGAGAGGAAAACCGCGAAAGCGGAGGAGAAGAGAGCUCGCAGGGAGAACAAGAAGAUCUCCCCUGAAGACGACAUCGAUGCCAUCCUCCUAAGUAUACAAAAAGAGGAAGCGAAGAAGAAGGAGGUCCACGUUGAGGAGAAUGUACCUGCGCCUUCUCCGCGUUCUAAUUGCACGAUGGCUCUGAAUCCUUUGAAAGACACAGAACUAAUUCUUUAUGGUGGUGAAUUUUACAAUGGCACCAAGACUUUUGUCUACGGUGAUCUUUACCGGUAUGACGUGGAGAAGCAGGCAUGGAAGUUGAUCUCCAGUCCCAAUAGUCCGCCUCCUCGCAGUGCUCAUCAGUCUGUUGCUUGGAAAAAUUAUCUGUAUAUAUUUGGUGGUGAAUUUACCUCCCCAAAUCAAGAACGCUUCCACCACUAUAAGGACUUUUGGAUGUUGGACCUUAAAACAAAUCAGUGGGAACAACUUAAUCUGAAAGGCUGUCCUGGCCCGCGUUCAGGUCAUAGAAUGGUUUUGUACAAACACAAAAUCAUUGUUUUUGGUGGCUUCUAUGACACUCUCAGAGAAGUGAGGUAUUAUAAUGAUCUAUUUGUUUUUGAUCUGGAUCAGUACAAGUGGCAAGAAAUAAAGCCCAGGCCUGGAUCAAUGUGGCCAAGUGCACGGAGCGGAUUUCAAUUUUUUGUUCACCAGGAUGAGAUCUUUAUGUAUGGUGGCUACUCAAAGGAAGUUUCAACUGACAAGAACAGCUCUGAAAAAGGAAUUGUUCAUGCAGACAUGUGGUCCCUUGAUCCAAGGACUUGGGAAUGGAAUAAGGUAAAGAAAAUCGGAAUGCCUCCUGGCCCACGUGCAGGAUUUUCCAUGUGUGUUCAUAAGAAAAGGGCUUUACUAUUUGGUGGCGUGGUUGAUAUGGAGGUUAAAGGUGAUGUUAUGAUGAGCUUAUUCUUGAACGAACUCUAUGGUUUUCAAUUAGACAACCAUCGUUGGUACCCCUUAGAGCUACGGAAGGAGAAGUCAACAAAGGAAAAGUUAAAAGUUAGUUCUGAUAGAAAACCCCACAAUGAGGACGUCGAUGAUAAAAAUCAGACUGCAGAGUUUGCAGCAAAAGAAAAGGAUGAUAAUUUGGAAUACUUAGAUGAAGCUGGUGAUAUGGAAAGCUACAUGGAUGAGGUGUCACGUUGCUUGGAUACAGAAUUGGUUGUCAGUGAUCAUGGGAUAAAUGCAAGCUCUGCCAGAAACCCGCAGGCACACCCUGCUAAUGGUGGUCAGCAUUCUCCUUUACCAGAGAUAGUCAAGCCUUGUGGACGCAUAAAUUCUUGCAUGGUGGUUGGGAAAGAUACUCUAUAUGUUUAUGGAGGGAUGAUGGAGGUCAAGGAUCAAGAAGUUACUCUUGAUGAUUUGUACUGCCUCAAUCUCAGCAAGCUCGACGAAUGGAAGUGCAUUAUACCGGCAUCUGAAUCAGAAUGGAUAGAAGCCUCAGAGGAUGAAAAUGAGGAUGAGGAUGAAGAUGAAGAUGGAGAGGACAGUGAGGAUGAAACUAAUAGCGAUGAUGUCAGUAGCGAGAAUGAGGAUGACGGUAGUGAUGAAGAUGAUGCUUCAGAGGCUAGAAAAGAUGCUUCUGCCUCAUCUCAUGUGGGAGAUGCUGUUGCAAUGAUAAAGGGUGAAGGAAAAAAUCUUCGUAGGAAGGAGAAGCGAAUUAGGAUAGAGCAGAUCAGAGCCAACCUUGGGCUUUCAGAUUCUCAAAGAACGCCUGUGCCUGGAGAAUCCCUAAAGGAUUUCUAUAAACGUACAAAUAUGUAUUGGCAAAUGGCAGCUUAUGAGCAUACUCAACAUACUGGAAAGGAGCUCAGAAAGGAUGGAUUUGAUCUUGCUGUCAUCCGUUACAGGGAGCUUAAACCGAUUCUGGAUGAGCUGGCUAUACUGGAGGCCGAGCAAAAGGCUGAAGAGGAAGAAGGCCCUGAAACUAGUUCAAGAAAGAGAGGGACAAAGAAGAAGAGUACAAGUCUACUCAUAAAAUAGCAACUCCACUUGUAUGACAUGCCCAGAUUACGGUGGAUUCUAAUAUUCACUUGGUUAAUUGCUGCGUGCACAAACCCCAUGAUUCGGAGUUUGAGGGAACAAAUGUUUUUCGCUGAAGAAAAAUGGGAACCUAGUAAGGUGGCAGCAAAAUUACGGUCAUCAAUGGCGCAGAUCUGCACGUUGGACUGUAGGAUGAAGUUAUUUGUUAGAGUGGCAAGUUUUGGAGAUCUCGAAGAAGAUAUCAAGUGCUGGUGUUCUGGUACGUUAAAUCGAAAAUGUCUAAUUUCUAGAGCGUAGGUCCUCAACUCAUGCUUUUAAUUUCUUUUGGGGGGAGUAUCAUAUACUUCUGGUGUCAUAUAUUUGCAAGUGUU